UCCUAGAACUGGUUCCUCUCCCCAGAACCUUCCCAAAGCCCUAAAAUCUUCCGCCCCCGCCCGCCCAAGAAUUGGGAAUUCCCUUCCCGAGGUCGGGGUCUGAGCCGGGCCUGCGCGCGCACCCCCCUACAGAAACCCGUCUGCAGGUCGGCGGCCGGAGAUGGCCCUGAAGGUGGCUCGCGGCCCCAGGCCCCGCCACGGGGCCGGGACACCACUGUUUGUUUUCCGGGCGCCCGGGAUACGGGGUGGGCCCCGCCCCCUGGGCUGCUCCGCCGCGGGGCCGGGUCGCGGGUUCCCCACGAAUUCGAGGUGGAGGGGCCGCGGCCGCCACCGUCUGUCCACAGGUGCAGCCGGCUGUAGGCGCCCCCGCUCGCGUCAUGGGCUCGGACUGCUGGGUGGGCCCUUGGCGGCCACACCGGCCCCGAGGCCCCAUCGCGGCGCUCUAUAGAGGACCCGGGCCCAAAUACAAGCUGCCGCCGAACACCGGCUACAUCCUGCACGACCCCUCGCGGCCCCGCGCCCCCGCCUACACCUUCGGUGCGCGCUUCCCCACGCAGCAGUCAACCUGCGGCCCCGGGCCCAGCCACCUGGUGCCCUCCCGCAUGACCGUGCGCGGCCCGGACAGCGCCCCCGCCUACUCCAUCUGUGGCCGCCUGCGGCACUCUGCGCCCUUCCGCACUCCCGGACCGGGGAGGUAUUUCCCAGAACGAGCCGGGAAUGCGACGUACCCCAGUGCGCCUCGACAUACCAUUGCUUCCCGAAACUGGGGGGUCCACGCGGAGCCGCAGAGUCCAGGUCCCGGCGCCUACACGGUGCCCUCGCUCUUGGGCCCGCGCGUCAUCGGCAAAGUCUCGGCCCCAACUUACUCCAUCUACGGCCGCACCAGAGUGGGCAGCUGCUUUGAAGACCUCAGCAAGACGCCGGGCCCCUGCGCCUACCACGUGGUGAACCCCGGGGUCUACAAGACCCGGGCCCCCCAGUUCACGAUGCUGGCACGGACUUCGUUCCCCCAAGACAGCACCCUGAAGCCCGGACCCGCAGCCUACAACGUGGACCAGGUGGUCUGGAGUUCAGGGUCAAGGGUCAGAGGCAAGGGAUGAGGAUCCCCAGUCGAGGCACCGGAAGCCUCGCGGCUGGACCUUCGGGAUCAGGCAUUCGGACUACCUGGCCCCAAUGGUGACCAACGUGGACGACUGACCCGCGGGCGGGGUGGGGGCACAGGCCCACCGCAGAGCGCUUAAAGCUUCCGG